UAGUGAAUGCGGGGUCCGGGGAGAGCGGAUAUAGUGAAUGCGGGGUCCGGGGAGAGCGGAUAUAGUGAAUGCGGGGUCCGGGGAGAGCGGAUAUAGUGAAUGCAGGGUCCGGGGAGACCAGAUAUAGUGAAUGCGGGGUCCGGGGAGAGCAGAUACAGUGAAUGCGGGAGCGGAUAUAGUGAAUGCAGGGCAGACGGGGUCCGGGGAGAGCGGAUAUAGUGAAUGCGGGGACCGGGGAGAGCGGAUAUGGUGAAUGCAGAGUCCGAGGAGAGUGG